AUGGCUCACCAAGCACACUCUUUCCAUAUAGUUGACCCAAGCCCAUGGCCCAUCUUCGGAGCGGCCGCUGCCCUUCUAACCACCUCCGGCCUGACCAUAUGAUUCCACUAUAACUCCCCUUACCUGUUAAUCACAGGACUACUUUCCACCGCCCUCGUUAUAUUCCAAUGAUGACGCGACAUUGUACGAGAGAGCACCUUCCAAGGACACCACACCCCCACCGUACAAAAAGGCCUACGCUAUGGCAUAAUCCUAUUCAUCACAUCAGAAGCCUUCUUCUUUCUGGGAUUCUUCUGAGCAUUCUUCCACUCAAGCCUAGCCCCCACCCCAGAACUAGGAGGCCAAUGACCCCCUGUAGGAAUCAAACCCCUAAACCCCAUAGAAGUCCCACUCCUAAACACUGCCAUUCUCCUAGCCUCUGGAGUUUCAGUAACAUGAGCCCACCACAGCAUCACUGAAGCUAGCCGCAAACAAGCCAUCCAAGCCCUAACCCUAACAGUCCUACUGGGCUUCUACUUCACUGCCCUCCAAGCCAUAGAAUACUAUGAAGCCCCCUUCUCUAUCGCUGACGGAGUGUACGGCUCCACCUUCUUCGUCGCCACUGGAUUCCACGGCCUCCACGUAAUCAUCGGUUCCACAUUCCUACUAGUCUGCCUCCUACGCCUAAUCAAAUACCACUUCACAUCAAACCACCACUUCGGCUUUGAAGCAGCAGCCUGAUACUGACACUUCGUAGACGUAGUCUGACUAUUCCUCUACGUAUCCAUCUACUGAUGAGGAUCAU